AUGGGAUCUAUUGUGCAAUCCACUUUGCCGUCCGAUUUUCUUUGGGGAUUUGCGACAGCUGCGUAUCAAAUUGAAGGUGGUGUUGAUGAGGAUGGUCGUGGACCUUCGAUUUGGGAUAAAUUCUGCAAGAUCCCUGGAAAGAUCGCUGGUGGCGGAUCGGGCGAUGUGGCGUGCGACUCUUAUCAUCGAACUCACGAGGAUAUUGCCUUGUUGAAGACCUGUGGUGCACAGGCUUAUAGAUUCUCGAUUUCAUGGCCUCGAAUUAUCCCACUUGGCGGCCGCAAUGAUCCCAUCAAUAAAAAAGGGUUGCAGUUUUAUCAGAAUUUCGUCGACGAUCUUCACGAUGCAGGAAUUACACCGAUGGUCACUUUGUUUCAUUGGGAUGUGCCUGAGGAAUUGGACAGACGGUACGGUGGACUGUUGAACAAGGAGGAAUUUGUCGCCGACUUUUCACACUACGCUCGAGUCAUAUUCCAGGCAUUCGGCUCCAAGGUCAAGCAUUGGAUCACAUUCAAUGAACCAUGGUGUAGCAGUAUUUUCGGUUAUAAUACUGGAUACUUUGCACCAGGUCGCACAAGUGAUCGCACCAGAAGUGAUGUUGGCAAUGGAUCAACAGAGCCAUGGAUUGUGGGCCACAACAUUCUCAUAGCACACGGAUCAGCAGUUAAGAUAUAUCGUGAUGAGUUCAAGACACAAGAUGGAGGUGAAAUUGGCAUCACAUUGAACGGCGACUGGGCCGAUCCAUGGGACCCAGAAAAUCCAGCCGACAUUGAAGCCUGUGAUCGCAAAAUCGAAUUUGCCAUAUCCUGGUUUGCAGAUCCCAUUUACCACGGAAAGUACCCAGACAGCAUGGUAAAGCAAUUGGGCGAUCGACUGCCGACGUGGACUCCAGAGGAGAUUGCACUCGUUCAAGGCAGUAAUGAUUUCUACGGAAUGAAUCAUUAUUGUGCGAACUUUAUUCGCGCCAAAACAGGGGAGCCUGAGCUCGAGGAUAUUGCAGGUAACCUGGAGCUACUUCUCGAAGACAAAUACGGCCAUAGCGUCGGACCUAUCACACAGUCGCCUUGGUUAAGGCCGUGUGCACUAGGGUUCCGAAAGCUACUCAAGUGGCUCAGUGAGCGCUAUGGGUAUCCCAAGAUCUACGUGACCGAAAAUGGAACCAGUGUGUUAGGCGAGAAUGACAUGCCUCUUGAACAGCUCUUGAAUGAUGAGUUCCGCGUCCAGUACUUCCGAGAUUACAUUGGCGCGAUGGCUGAUGCAUAUACCCUCGAUGGGGUUAAUGUCCGUGCUUACAUGGCCUGGAGCCUGAUGGAGUAA